AUGCUCGUCGAACCGGUACUGGAGUGUUUGUCGCUGACGAGGGUCGCGUGUGGAUCGGGGGUUCUGCUAGUCGCGGCGACCCUGGCCUACGCCAUCUACAAUGCCUUCUUCCACCCCCUCCGCCGCAUCCCGGGGCCACUCCUCGCAGGCCUCACACCCUGGGUACAGCUAUACCAUGGCCUAAAAGGCGACCGCCACCUGUGGCUGCACAGGCUACACACCCAGUACGGGAGCCAUGUGCGCGCAGCCCCAAAUUUCAUAUCUGUCAACACCGACCGUGGCCUGCACGACAUCUACGGACACGGGAAGCGGCUCCAGAAGGCUGAUUUCUACAAUGCCUUCCCCGCCAUCAAGACUGUGUAUAACACGCACAAUGUGAUCGAUAAGACGAUGCAUGGGCGCAAGCGGAGGGUACUGAGCCAGGCGUUUUCGGACCAUGCACUCAAGGGGAUGGAGGAUGUUAUGCUCUUGCAUGUUCGGCAGCUUUGUGCUGUGCUGGCGGGGCAUGAUGGGGGGGACUCUGAUGGGGAUGAUAUUGGAGAAGAGAAGAAGGGAGCCGUCGUGCGCAAUAUGGGCGAUUGGUUUAGCUACCUGACCUACGAUGUGAUGGGCGAAUUGUGUUUCGGGAAGAGCUUUGACAUGCUCGUCUCACGAGGCAAGAGACACAUGGUGAAGCUUGUUGAUCGCGCCGCGAACAGACACUAUGUGUGCGGGCUCUGGAUGCCGUUGGACAGAUGGCACCUGGACCAGAUUUUCAUUCGACAGCUAACGCGCGACCGAUGGAACUUCAUCAUGAACUCGCGGGUCGAAGCCAGCGAGCGGGCCAAAGAGCGUGCUCAGGCCGGCCGCGAAGCGAAAAAGGACUUUUUCUACUACCUGCUCAACGCGACGGACCCGGAAACGGGCAAGGGACUGAGCACACCCGAGCUGUGGGGCGAGGCGAACGUGCUGAUGAUCGCGGGCAGCGACACGACGUCAACCACGCUGGCCGCGGCGCUGUUCUACCUCGUGCGCCAGCCAGGGGCGCUGUCGAAACUAAGCGCCGAGGUGCGCGGAGCGUUCAACGAAGUCGAAGAGAUUGUUAGCGGCGCGCGGCUGAACGAACUCGUCUACCUGAAAGCAGUCCUCGACGAAGCACUGCGUCUCGCACCCGCCGUGCCCGGCGCAAUUCCGCGCGAGGUAAUGGCCGGCGGAGCGGUGGUGGACGGUGUGUUCCUGCCAGCCGGCACAAACUGCGGCACGCCGACAUACUCCAUCCACCGACAAGAGGCAUACUACCGGGCGGCGGGGACAUUCCUACCGGAACGGUGGAUCGAGGGUGCGAGGUGCGAAGUGGCCGACGCAAAAUGGACCACGAGCAAGGAACAGGUUGACACGGCGCGCCGGGCAUUCUGUCCAUUUAGCAUUGGGCCGCGCGGGUGCAUUGGCAAGAGCAUGGCGUUCAUGGAGAUGCGGGUGACGCUGGCAAGACUGGUGUUUCUGUUUGAGAUGGCGCUGGCGGACCGGGUGGGCGAGGACGAGCAGGGCCAUUUGGCGCUGGUGGAUCACUUUACCAGUGCGAAGAACGGGCCGAAUGUGAACCCUUUCACCCUCAACACCCUCGCCCUCCUCCAAUUCAUCACCUAUGGCAUCCUAAUCGUUCCCAUCAACUUCGCCUGGCAACGCGCCCUGGAGGCACGAUACCCAGGCUUCCCGUCGCGCGCUGAGCUUCGGGGUAGGAAUCGCUCGCGCAAACGCUCCAAGUCCGUUUCGUCACUGCGCGACUAUUUCUCCUCAAGCCUAUCCACAGCACCAUUCUCCCUCUCCACGCGCGAUCGGCCACGAGAUUGGUAUCGCGCCGCUGCUGGCGGGGGCGCCGGCGCGCGACUACCCAGCCACCAUCGGCGGGAGAAAUCUGCGCAAUGGGCGCCUCGCUCGCAGAGUUCGUCGGGGCUGUAUAGUUUUGUGAUGAAGUUUAUCUUCGAUCAGACGGUGGGGUCGGUGAUGAAUAUUGUGCUUUUUAUUAUUUUGAUUAAUGUACUGAAGGGGAUUGGGGUUGUGAGGACUUGGGAGCUGGUUAUUGAGGACUUCCCGCCUAUAAUGGUUGCUCGACUCAAAUACCGCCCCAUCGUGUCCUCGCUGAUGUACACCGUCGUCCCUGUGGACCGCCGUGUGGUCUUUGGGAGUGCCUGCGGUGUGAUCUGGGGCAUUUAUCUGAGUCUGUACGCGGUGGUCUAG